AUCCUUUUCAAUCUCAAGGUUAAUAGUUGAUUGGUUAGUGAAAUCAAGAAGAGGUGUCUAAGGGGUUCACAAGUUGCUUUUUCCUUCUUUUAUCUUCAGAAUGUUUCGGAUUAGUGUUGUGAUCCUACUGUUAGCAGUUACUCACAGUGAAGUUGGUUUCGCACGUAAUAUGGAAAACCUCAAGUAAUUCCCAUUUUCAGUUUGUUCAUAUCAUUAAGGGACCGCGUUAGAAAAAUAUUUUAUCAUGCUUACGAUAAUUACCUUAAGUAUGCAUAUCCCUUAGAUGAGUUAAGACCGCUUUCAUGUGAUGGGCAUGAUACAUGGGGGAGCUUCUCGCUGACACUAGUAGAUGCACUUGAUACACUUGUUAUAAUGGGCAAUGUUACUGAGUUUCGUCGUGCUGCACGUGCUCUUCUUGAUCACUUAGAUUCUGAAAAAAAUGUCAACGCUUCCGUUUUCGAAACUAACAUCAGAGUUGUCGGCGGGCUCAUCUCGGCUCAUCUUUUGUCACGCAGAGCCGGGUUUGAAGUAGAACCAUCUUGGCCGUGUUCUGGACCACUACUUAGGCAAGCAGAAGUGUUUGCUUCUAAGCUUUUGCCUGCCUUCGACACCCCGACCGGGAUGCCAUACGGUACUGUCAACUUCGAACUGGGUGGCGUUCCUAAAGGCGAGACUACAGUCACGUGUGUUGCUGGCAUUGGUACAUUUAUUUUGGAGUUUGGGGCACUAUCUCGCCUUACAGGUAGUGUUUGAGUCAUGUUAUAUUUCGUUAUUUUUGGACAUAUUUUCACAUUCAGUACAUGAAAUCUACAUUUGUUCUUCUCUUCUUGUCUAACAUUUUCCCAUAUAUACUUGCAUACUUAUGCUUAGCUCUCACUGUUCAUUCAUGACUACUGCGUAUGCUUAUAUAUAACGCCUGAUGCGAACGCUUGGCAUCUAUAUGGUUAAGACCCCAGUUCCUAAAUCAUUAGACUACCGCUCUACAUCCAUUUUAUCGAUGUAGUAGGCUUUUAUCUAAAAUGACCAACUCCUUGGUAUGAUUUCCACACUGUUUCCAUGUUAUGUUUUUUUCCACAUGAGUGCCAAUAAGAUUCAGAUUUUGCGGAUUUUCAUUCAUGUACCCGCAUAUCAAGUCCCCGUUGUCGGUUGCUUCACGUAAAUCAAUGAAACAGAAUAUGCGCCGACCGACUUUUCAAUCAGAUUUUCCGUCACUGUACUUUCCCUUUUACCACUAUAUGCUUUUUUAACUUUCCCAAAAAUCAAGUUGUAUUUCCUUUGGCCCAUUUUUGUCACCUCAAGUUACCAUACUUCUGCAUUCUGAGCAAAAGCAAGCCAGCAAUCUUAUUUCUACGGCUGAAAAACCAGGAAAUUUCUUCCUCUGGUUGUACUUUUUUAUCGAGAACUGUGUGCUUGUAAAAUUUAGUCUAAAAUUUUAAGGUGUCACUUUUCUUGUUUUCGGUAAGUAUCCUCAUACAACAUAAAUUUUCCAUUUAGGAGAUCCCAGGUACGAAGCUGUUGCAACACGUGCUCUUAAAGCUAUGUGGAAAUACAGAUCUUCUCUUGGGUUACUGGGAAACCAUAUUGAUGUUAUCACUGGAAGUUGGACAGCCCGCGAUGCCACUAUUGGUUCAGGAGUCGAUUCUUAUUUCGAAUAUUUGGUUAAAGGUGCAGCACUAUUUCGCCUUCCUGAGCUGGAUUCCAUGUUUCGAGAGUACAGAUUAGCAAUAGAAAAGCAUAUUCGACAUGGUGAUUGGAACCCAAUGAUAAACAAGGAUAAAGGUGGAGUUACAAUGGCAGUAUUUCAGAGUCUUGAAGCAUUUUGGCCUGGUUUAUUGGUAAUUCAUUUGUUUGUUUUUAAAUAUCUGUUUAUGUAUUAAAAAGCUCGUUUAAUUUGGAUUUUGUCUUACAUCAUUGAUUCUUUUGUUUUUUUUUAAAAGCACUAUUCAGGACUUCUGCGACAUAUAUAAAACGGUGACUUCUCUGUUGAGUCGAUUGAAUUCCAGUUUUAAUCUUCGCUCGAGUAGUAUUACUAGUUCUUAGAUAAACUCAAUUAUGGCCUAAAGUCGUACGUGAUAGACGAAUUGCAUUAAAUUAGUGAGAUUUAUGCAAUUCGGACUGAUUUCCCAAGCACAUGCAUCGUGAGUCUUAUCCUGUAUUGUCAGCAUUCCUAGUUUUAUGCUUAGUGCAAGACAAGAAUAAAUUUGUAUGUUGUAGUUUCUCAUAAGGUAUAUAUCUCCAUCUACUUUCUUAUAUCUUUACUUAGUCACCGGAUACGUAUACUCAAUAAAAAAUUGUUAUUUGUGCAGUAUAUUACCUGUACAAUGAUUGAUCCCUCUCAAAGUAUUUAUAGUUUAUUUUCACAGAAACAUUGGAACCAAAAAUUGUCUUCUGAAUGAGUGUUUACCAUUUUUGUGAAAUAAAAUACACAGCUUUAAAUUACGAAUUAAUGUUAGCUAGACCAUCAUUAAAAACCGGAAAGCACUGGACAGGUUUUUCGUCUCAUUAGUAUGGAGCUCCUUGGCAGUGCGCAUCUACAACCCUGUCACCGGGUAUUGAAUUCAGGACCUACGGUAUCGCCCUCGAACGCUCAGCAAUUUAGCCACUGAGCUAACACUCAGUGGUGUACAUGUUUAACUUCGAUCAAUUCACAAUAUUGCGCGACCAUCUUCCAUUGUCUCUGGUGGAUAACUACCUUAGAUUCAACAUGAUUGAACUCCACUGGUCAUGACUUAUCACUAAAGCUCCAGGAUAUUCAUCUUGAACCUGGCCACUAAUGAUUCAAAACCAUGAAGAUCCAAUAAUCUCUACAAAGCCUCCUGUAAUAAAAAUAAAAUUCAGUACUGUUGCCUCUAAAGGUGAAUGAAUUAAGGCACUACUUAUUUCCUACAAAACGAUUUAUGCCAUCUUGCAAAAUUGUUCUUGAAAUAUUUUACCAGUACAAGAGGAUUCCAUGCUAUAGGCUUUCGCAGAUUCUAUAUUACAAACAGUUACUUUACCAGUUAUUUACUUUCUACUAAAUGAGGCUAUUUAGAAUACACGAUCUUUCAUAUAGACGAAUAGUGUCCUUAGAGAUCACUUUAAACAGAUUUUUUGACCAACUCUUUCUAAAUACUGGUGCUUGUCCUAAAUAUAUGUAAACUGUCUUCUGAACCGCUUUAAAUUGUUUAUUGCAAUCCAAAAUUAUUAGAAUACACGUUGAAUAUAUUCCCUGUAAAGUGACAUUGGAUAAAAUGUUUUUUUUUACUAUUUUAAAACAUUAUAACUAACACACUGGUCAUCUUCCAAUCUUAUUCAGCUUUGAUGUUGAGGCGUAUAUUAGUAAGUCCCAUAUGUUUACAAAGUUGACAAUAAAAUCUACUAUCUUAUGAACUUGGUAAGUGAAGGUUAAAAGUCUUCAGUGUUUACUUUGAACCCACCUUCAAUAUGAUUGACGAUUAGUAAGCGACAGGCAACGUUCUCAUAUGGCACGUGUCCAUGAAAUGUUUUUACUUUCAGUUUAUUUAAGUUUCUUUAUUAAGAAGUUAUAGUAAUUAAAGUUUCUAAGUGUUUUUUGUGUUAGCAGUCUUAUCAAGUAAAUUUAACAAUGUAAUUUAAAAUAUUUAAUAUAAGACAAAUUCACUUUGAUUGUACAAUCAUUAUAGGCACUUACAGGUGAUAUUGAGUGUGCUCGCAGACAUUUGAUUGCUUAUCAUGAAAUAUGGAGAAAAUAUGGAUUUCUUCCGGAGUUCUAUAGUUUAUCUGAUGAAAAGGCUUACAAGGGUCGUGAGGCAUACCCAUUACGACCAGGUAAAAAAAAUAUUGUUCAGUUCAGAAGUCGUUUUUUUAUUUUUACUACUGAUGUAACAAUUCGUAGGAUCUAAAACAAAUGUGUCAAAAACAAACCCUACAUACUAAUAAAAGGCUAUCCAAAUAAAAUAGUUUUAAAUUAGUUUAGGUAUAAGCUGUUAAAGUUGGUGACACUACCCAGUUGCUCAAAGUGUAGCGGAGUUUGAACCUGAGACUUAGUGGUUAAAGUGUUCGUUUUUCGCCACUCUUUUCUGGGUUGUGCUCUUCCUUCAUUCUUGAAAUAUUUUUCUCAUUAAAAUGUUAAAAUAAUAGAUGGAUUUAUUCUUUUCAAUAGAAUUAAUUGAAUCCAUUCUCUACGUAUAUCGUGCGACACGUGAUCCUGCUCUGAUUGAUAUGGGCGUGGACAUUUUGACUUCAAUUGAAGUCUCAGCGCGUACACCUUGUGGUUUUGCGACGGUUUCAGAUGUUACAAAACAUACUUUGGAAGACAGAAUGGAGUCGUUUUUUCUAGCGGAAACAACAAAAUAUUUAUACCUAUUAUUUGAUGAAAAUAACUUCAUACAUCAGUUACCAGGUGAAAAAACAUCGUUAGAAGGUUCUCGUUUACCGUCAGGACUUCAAUGUUAUCCAGAAUCAGGUGGUUACAUUUUCAAUACAGAAGCUCAUCCCAUUGAUCCUGGUGCUUUGAAUUGUUGUUUUGCGCCUCAAUUAGAUGAAGUUGAACAAGCAUCCAAAGUUGAAACAUUGUUCUCUGAUUCUAAUCAUUUUAAAAUGCUAAGUAAUCAUGAAUUUGACAGUGAUACUAAUACAUAUGAUCAAGUUACAGAAACUGAUUUACUUUCUACCAUUGAUUCAGUUUUCAGUGAACAUGUUCAGUCUCAACUUGGUUAUUCAUUAAGUGAUUCCUUCGCUCGGAUAAUAAAUCAAUCAUCAUCUAAUUGUUUUAAUAAUGCAUAUUUUGAUUCUAAUUUAAUUGUUUCCUGGAUAGAACUUCGUGAAAUUAUCAAAUCCUCAGCUUUAGAGACUGAAAAAGAAAAUGAUAAAUUCAGUUUUUUGGAUUCAACUAAAACUCCACUACUCACUUGCCCAUAUCCAUCAUUUCAAAACCGAUUUGCUUUAUCCGGAUUAUUAACAUCAACAUAAUUUCGUUUCUACUUUUUUUUAAGUUUUCAAGUUUGGUGGUUUUCGUGUAGAUAUUUUCUGUAUAGUUAGCUUUCUCUAUAGUACUAUUUAUUUGAAAUUCCUACCAUUUCGUAAUUCCUGUGAUAUACAUUCAGAAAAAUAUAAUAUCUACACCGCUGGUAUUCAGAACAUUUGCUCAAAAUCUUUAUGGAUUAUAACCAAUUAAUAGCAUAUCAGUAAAUUCUGUCAUUGUCAACUAGCGUUAUUUAUUUUUUCCAUGUUAUCAGCCCUGUCGUUCAAGUUACUCAUUCCCUUCGUUUGACCUGCAGAUAUAUUCUCUUUAAGAGCUUAAUGUGUGAUAACUUCCUCUGUGAAACAUGUCAUUAGAUGCUGCUCUACUUUUGUUAGCGGGACAAUGCUUGAAUUAAAGCAUAUCCUUGAUAUUUGAAAAGAAAAUUCUGUUCCUGUCCAACCGUGUUCUGAUUUGGGAACUUGUCGAGUGAAUUGUUGUCUAAGAAUACUAAGCAAUAGGAAUAGCUGGGUCGUAAUAAGAGAAAUUAUAACAACUUUGGUAUACAAUGGCAAGAAACAAAUGCCUAGAUUGAACGUAGCGAACCACAUGUAUCUUCAAAUUAGAUAUUCUUCCAUCAUUUAGCCUGUAAGAUAUGAUUUAGACCUCAGUAAACAUAAUUUCCUUUUUCGAACACUCAAUAGCUGAAUAAUCAUUUUAUGGAUCAUUUGUGAAGUAGGUUAAGCUCUCGAUGUACCAAAGGUUCAUGUGCAAACUAAUCGGUACUUUUAAACCUUGUUACUGUCAUAGUUUCAUUAUUAAGUUAGUUUUCCUUGACUUGACCUCCAGGUAUCAUGUUGAUGUUUCUGCUUUUGCAAAUUCUUACAAAUUGUAUCUACUUGAAAAGAUAAUCUAUUCGGUGCACAGAGAAUCAUGUUUCUGUUCGUGUAUACAAUUCAGCUAUCAAUGAAAACCUAUUUUCAGUUCACUUUCAAAACUACCACUAUUAAAUAAAUAACGGCAUCGAUAUUGUAGCCAGUAUGUGAUCAGUAUCGUGUGAUUCAUCGCCCACUUACAGUGAAAAUAACUCAAUGUCACUAAGCAAAUUUAUUUGAUGUGAUAUACGCAUAGUUCUUGCGUUAUAAUUCAGUGUUAACCAAAAGUGGAUUUACAACAUGUUAUUAAAUGGACAGUUAAGGAAUGAAAAUGGCGAAAUGGAAAUCAAUUUCUAACUUAUAUCCAACAAGAUACUAUAUUUGCAUGAUCCAUUUCACUACGUAAACUACCUCAAAUCGCUCAACUGAACUGAGGACACGUGCAGAGUGUAUAUUGUAAUUAAUCUAAUUGAAUUGUCAAUAUUAGCAUUUCAACCAUGGGAAUGAGAAAUCUAAUAUAAGACAACUAUAACAGAGUGAUAAGUUUCUCUUAAGUCAUAGUAAUUCAUCAAUAGUAAUAGAAACUUUGAAGUCAAAUAUAGCUUUAAUGAACUAGCAUUAAUCAGCUUAUUUUGUAUAUCCGGUGGGCCAUCCUCGUUAUGCCCCCAAAUGCUCUGGUACGGCCGAGAGUAGGGGGAGUCCGCCCUACCUCUCGAAAUGCUCUCA